AGCUUGCCGAAGGUGGACCUGUUAGCCAGGCGCACGUUCGCUCGACGCUCCCCACGCCCAAAGAGUCCCCAAAAAAGUAGCCAGUUAACCUUUUAAGCGGCCGUGUCGCGCGUGCGUGCGUGCGUGCGUGCGUGUUUGUGUUUUCGUGCGUUUCGUGACGCCAGCGGUGCCUCCUCAACAGUAGCUACUCGAUCGUUCUCCCAGCCCAGUGAAUGUGCGGUGUGCGCGUGUCGGUGUGUAUGUGUGUGCGUGCGUGCGUGCGCGCGAGUGAUAGUGCGAGUGAGUGAGUGAGCCACAAGAAGAAGAAGAAGAAGAAGCAGAAAUAAAAGUUGAAAAAAAAAAACAGCAACCAAGUGAGUGUGUCUGACUCUCUGUGUGUGGCCGAGAGUCCUUUCACUUCCUCAUUCGUGCGACCACCAACCAACCAACCUUACCACCCGGGAGACCCGGGCCCGCUACCAGGGUCGCCAUCGUCGUCGUCGGAGUGUGAGCGGAGCACAGGCGGAGGCGGAGGCGGAGGCGGAGGCGGAGGGAAAAUGCGGAGAUGGCGCCACCAGUUGGCCACCGAUGGUGGCCGAAAUCGUCCACUACCACCAAACGGACGCAGGAACCAGCGGCCACCGGUAGUAGGGGACCGUUGUUGGGCGACCGGUGGCCGAACCAUCGCCGUCCACCUGCUACCGGUUGCCCUCGCGGCCCUUCUCCUCUGCGUCGCCAGUGUCCACAGUCAAGUUUGUGGCCCACCGGCGGUUCCGGCUAACGCGAAGGUCCACCCAACGAAGGCGGACGAUGGCAGCGGUGGGUUGCGGUCGGCGCGCUACGAAUGUGACGCCGGAUACGAGCUGUUCGGCCCGGACACGAUCCGGUGCGAUCCAGCGAAGGGUUGGGACCGUGAGCUGCCAUUCUGCGGCACGAACGUGGCGUACCGGAAACCGGUGAACCAGUCGUCGGCAACCCGGGCAGGGCCGGCCGGUUUCGCGAACGAUGGUAAACCGGGCAACCAGAACCCGGACGGGCAGGAGUGCUCGGAGACGCAGAAGGAGGUGUCGCCGUGGUGGCGCGUCGAUCUGCUGACACCGGAAGCGGUCCGGGUGGUGCGGAUUACGACGCGGGGCUGCUGUGGGCACCAGCCGCUCCAGGAUCUGGAGAUCCGGGUCGGUAACAGUAGCACGGAUUUGCAGCGGAACCCACUGUGCGCCUGGUACCCGGGUACGGUGGAUGAGGGGAGCACGAAGUCGUUCACGUGUGCCCGGCCCCUCGUCGGCCAGUACGUCACGGUGCAGCUGGUGGGCGUCGAGAGUAGCCUGAGCUUGUGUGAGGUCGAGGUGUACUCGAAUGAUGAGUUUUCGGCGGAACGGUGCGCCGCACCGAACCUGAACGUGGACACCGUUGUCACUACGUUCGCCCGGACGUGCUACGAGUUUCACAUCACGCGUGGGGAAAGCUUCGAAAAGGCGCGGGCCGUCUGUCGUUCCAAUGGAGGUGAUCUACUGCACGAUUUCCGGGGCGUCACCACGGACUACAUCAUCUCCGAGCUGGAGCGCCGUAAGGGCGAUCUGCGGACACAGCUGGUGUGGAUCGGUGCCCAGAAGGAACCGGGCAUUACGUCGCGCACCUGGAAGUGGGUGAAUGGUGAUACGGUAAGCAAACCGACGUGGGGCAAAGACCAACCGAACAACUACAAUGGCGAGCAAAACUGCGUGGUCCUGGACGGUGGCCGGAACUGGCUGUGGAACGAUGUGGGCUGCAACCUGGACUACCUGAACUACAUCUGCCAGCACCGGCCACUGUCCUGUGGGUCACCGAACGCGCUCGUCAACACGACCAUCGUCGGGCGGAACUACUCGAUCGGGGCCAACAUCACCUACCGGUGCCCGGUCGGCCAUUCGCUGAUCGGAACGGGUGACCGCAUCUGCCAGCCGAACGGUACCUGGAGCGGGGCCGCACCGGCCUGCAAGUAUGUUGACUGUGGCCCGCUGCCACCGAUCGAGCACGGUGGCAUCAUCCUAUCGGAGCAGCGCACCAGCUACGGCGUGCAGGCGCUCUACACCUGCCACGAGAACUACACACUGAUUGGCCACGAAAACCGGACGUGCGAAUCGGGCGGUUGGUCCGGCCAGCAGCCCAAGUGUCUGGUGGACUGGUGCCCGGAACCACCGGCCAUCCAGGGUGGUCGGCGGCAGGUGUCGGGACGGCGGGCCGGUUCGACCGCGCUCUACACCUGCGACCACGGGUUCGUGCUGCUCGGCGAACCGGUCCUGUCGUGCGGGCUCGGUGGCAACUGGACCGGCCGUGUACCGGUGUGCCGGUUCGUCGACUGUGGCAUGCCGGCCCGGCCCGACCGGGGCAACCUGCUGCUGGUGAACGACUCCACCACGGUCGGGUCGGCCGUCCGGUACUUUUGCGACGACGACUACUGGCUGGUUGGGCCGCAGGAGCUGCACUGCACCAAGGAUGGCAAAUGGUCCGGCAGUGCGCCCGUCUGUGAGCUGAUUACCUG